AUGGGUGCCAUUCGUUAUGGUGCCUUGGAUACUGGUGUCGUACCAGGAAUUAGAUCGAUUGUGAACUCUGUCUCAUCAGGCGGUAGCUGGUAUUUUGGGGUUUCGCUUGCUGGAGAGUAUGAGGAUGGUGACAGGUCAAAACCCAUCAGCAAGACCUUGAUCCAGAAGAUGAAGAUGCAGGGGGAGCCGGAGAGCAAUCCUGAGUUUGAGGAGGAGAUGGAGAUGGAGCAGGAGGCAGCAGAGGGGGCGGGUUUGGGUGAGCAGGAGGGUGAUCCAAAGGUUGAGCUAAAUGAAGAUGACAAGUGGGCAGAGACAAAAGAGCCAAGAAAAAAGACUAUUGCACUUAAAGCUGCAAACUUUUCUGAUGAUGAAAGCAAUGAAGACGAAAAUCUGAGUAUAAAGCCCGGUCACUUUAAAACUGAGUAUUCAAAGGGACAAGAUAAGAAGAAAGCUUAUAUCACGGAAAUAUCAUGGGAUUCGGAUGAAGAACAAGAAGAAGGUCAAUCCGAUGAAGAAACCAUAAAUUUAGCACUAAUGGUUCACGAAAGAGAAAAUAAACUAGAGGUAAAUUCUGACUUUUAUAGUUCAAAUUCUAUAAAUAGCAAUUCAAUUGAUGAUAUUGACACAUAUGAUAUAGAUGAAAAUGAUAUAGAAAGAGGCUUUGAAGCUCUCUAUGAGACAUUUGAUAUAAAUGCUCAGAAAGCUUCUUGCACUCCUAUGAGUACUUCUCUAAGUUUAUCAAAAGAUGAGAAUGGAACUCCUUUUGAUUCUACUCGAUAUCGAGGUAUGAUUGGCAGUUUGCUCUACUUAACUGCAAGCAGACCUGACAUUAUGUUUAGUGUUUGUGCCUGUGCUAGAUUCCAAGCUAGCCCUAUGAAAUCUCAUACUAGUGCAAUUAAAAGAAUAUUUAAAUAUUUGAAAAACACUGUUAAUGUAGGAUUAUGGUAUCCUAUGAACAAUAAUUUUGAAUUACUUAGCUUUUCUGACGCCGAUUUUGCUGACUGUCAUCUUGAUCGCAAGAGCAUAAGUGGAACUUGCCACUUCCUUGCAUCAUGUCUUGUUUCUUGGUUCAGUAAGAAACAAAAUUGCGUCUCACUCUCUAUUACUGAAGCUGAAUAUAUUGCAGUAGGUAGGUGUUGUGCUCAAAUUCUCUGA